ACUGCAGUGUACAGCACACGGCUUUGCCGACGGCGUGUGCGACGUCUCUCGAUCUCGAUCUUUCCAACUGCUCCUCCGGCGAGUAAUCUGCUGCCAGCGAGCCAAGGCGAGAGGACGAAGCAAGGCUUCCAGAAGCCGCCCGCCCAUUAAUAAUCCGUCAGGCUCGGCCUGAAUUCGAGGACCUCGUUCCCCCAUUUCUCCCUUGAGAUCGCCCCGCUGCAUCCACGUUCUCCUCCCAACUCUCCUCCGCGCCCACUACCUGUUCGACGCAUCGACGGAGCGGCCAUGAUCCAGCUGCUGUUCACGCUGCUGGCCGCGGAGGCGGGGCUGGUGCUCGUGCUGCUCUUCCGAACCCCUGCGCGCCGCCUGGCGCUGCUCGCCGUCGACCGCAGCAAGCGCGGCCGCGGGCCCAUAAUGGCGAGAACCGUGGCGGCCACCAUGUUCAUGGUGCUCGGCUCCAGCGGGUACAGCAUCGCCAAGAUCCGGCGCCGCGAAGGGGACUUCGCCCAGCUCACGCCCACCGACCAGGUGCUCGCCAGCCGGCACCUCCUCGAGGCCUCUCUCAUGGGAUACUCUCUGUUUCUUGGGUUAGUUAUUGACAGGCUACAUCACUAUAUCAGGCAAAUAAGGACGAUGAAGAAAAGCAUGGAGGCUGUAACAAAGCAGAGCAAGACCCUGGAAGAAGCAAAACUCCAAGGCGCAGAGGAAAUUCAAGGAUAUCAGAAAAAGAUCAGUAGUUUGAAUGAACAGGUGCAAGCAGUCAAACACCAAUAUGAAACUAAAACAGAGGAACUAAAAACUGCUGAAGCGAAUACUUUGGCUUUACGGAAACAAUCUGAAGGUUUGCUUACUGAGUAUGAGCGUCUCAUUGCGGAGAACGAGGAAUUAAGGAACAAACUGCAAUCAAUGGAAGUCCGCUUUUCCCAUUCUGACGGCAAGAAGAAUUCGUAAAGAGGACUGUGCAAUUUUACUUAUCGAACCGGUAUUACUGUAAAUUUUUGUUCUGUGGUGUAAUUUGAUGUUGGUGAUAGUUGGAUGCAACAAAUCUAGCGAUAUACUGAUAUCAGUUGGAUGCAAUUUUGGUUUAGUGGUACUGUCACAGUUUGAUGCAAGGGAUAUAACGACAUCAGUUGGAUGUAGUGUUUUGAGUGUGAGUUUGAGGCCAAUCACGAACAUUUUUAUGUAUCUGCCGUAAGUUGGCACACGUACCUGUGACCAGCUUAACAUUUUCCAAGCCCAUCCAUCAAUUGCCUCUUCAUUUUCC